GUUAGCGUUAUAAAAAAAGAUUGCUAACCGAGCUGUUGGUCAGCGACCGAGGAAAUCAGACCGUAUCAAAACAGCAGCUGCUUAGCCAAAACUAGCUCUCAAAAACUCUUAAAUUAGUCGGUAUUCUGCCUUCUGUACACUACAGUUUUCAGCGAUUAGCUUCGCCGAAGACUAGCCCAUGUGAACUACAAUCCCAAUGCUGUGUUUUAAUGUCAGUCAUCACUUGCAAUACGGCUUUCGAAACAAAUGGUCCUUAUCUUUCAUCAGCGAGAAAGGCUCAAAAUAAAAAAUACUGUAACUUGCACAGAAAAAAAGUUACUGUAUACUUUUGCACAGAUCCAUACGACUAUGGGUGCCUCUAGACCAAUAUUGGACAAAAUGAGUUUAUUCCUUAGUCAAAUGACCCUAACAUGUUCUGUUUAAAGGGCGAAUUGGCUCUGGAAGCCAAAACAGACAAAUAUUCAAUCUAAAUGUGAAUUGAUUCUCAAUUGCGGUACUGUUUUAGAAACAUAAAUUCCUCUACUUUCAUCACAAUUUCACAAAUGUAAAAUAAACACUUACUGCACACUGUUUUUAACGCCAGUUGCAGUAAAGUAUAUUUCAGUGACUACACCUGGCGUCCGUCAUCUGUUUACACAGGUGUUUGGAGAUGCAGAUUGCAAGAGCGCAAGUAGUCCACUCUUGUCUGUUUUCUUUAAACACGCGCUGUGACAUGGAACAAUGGCAGUGUGGGAACACUAACCUUAUUAAUAAGGUGUGUAGUAAUUGAACCCGUUUUUAAAAAAAAAAUUACUCGCUGAUAUGAAAGAUGCCUUCCUGUUUCCAAAACCAUACCGCAAGCGAUGUUUAGAGCAAGCGAUGGGGCUCUUAACAAAACACCCCUGGUCAGAAGAGACUAUUGUCAAAAGGCGAUUUUUGGCCUCUGAAUGGACAUUGUAAAGACCCCACUCAACAAUGUCUUGGCACAACGAAGGAGCAAGAGUUACAGGCGAUCCAUGCGAAGCUGCGUUGAAGCAACUAAUCUGGGAUACACAUCAGGCCAUUUGACAGUUCUAAGAAUACCAAGAAGUAGAAGAACUCCAAAAUCACGUGAUAUCACAAAACAGGUUGACCCAGACCAAGUGGCACUCCUGGUGAGGAAAGAAUGGGAGCUGUCGUACGUCACACCUUUGUACCAGUUCAGACACACUCAGUUGAAAUCCUAUUCAAAGCAUCUAUCAGCUUUCAUUGUAUCAGAGAAGCAACAGGGCCUGGCGAUUGAAGUUGGCCAGGAAUUGGGCUUCAAGGUAAAUUUCUCGGUGGUCCUUGGGUUGGCAGAGACGGAUGAAGAUGCUGAGACGGUUUUCAUACAGAUUCUCUCCAGACAAGCGUUUGCUGCAAAAGAUGAUGCUCAGAAGGUUGUGUGGAGUGGCUGGCUGACUUGUGUCAACGGUGACUUAGAGUUUCUCCGAUCACUACCAUCAGAAUUUGUCAGUUUGCCUUUGCUCUGUACCAGGGGACCAGAGUCUCUCACAGUUUUGGUCAAAUCCUGGUUUGAAAAGACAUUUGACUGUUGCUUUGGCCCUCUUGGUAUCAACUCUGCCAACCUCCAGUGGCUCGCAGCCCUGUGGAUUGGGUGCCACCCCACCAUCAACAUCCAAUACCUGAAACUGGUUUGGACCCUUCCAACACUACCCCCUAUGGAUGUUAAGUACACCAUCCACCCACAAGAUGCCUGGGAGCUUUGGGACAGUGUGCGGCAGGAUGACACAACAGAUGUCAGCAUCGAGGAAGUCACCAGGUUCAUCAAAGGGCUGCAGUCACACUUCUUCAGGCACUUCAGGAUAGAAUUGUCCGCUGGGUCACUAAAGCAGGUCUCCACGGCUUUGGGUUCUUCUCACCAUAGUGGAAAAAUCAAGAUUGCAAGCCCUACCUACAUCACCACCAUCCUGCAGCUGCUGACAGAAUGUGCCCUCCUGAAGAUGCCCAUCUAAUCAACAUUUGCAUGUAAACCUCACAAUUACUGUCCAUAUGAAAUUAAACUGUUUGACACUUAUAUUCCUGUAAAUAGCAUAAGUACCUGUAUUGUAUGAAAAGGCAAGUGCAUACAUUACAAAAUAACAAUUCCUGCUGCAUUUGUUCUCUAUAGAUAUUAUUCAUUACAAGCUAAAAGUGUAGACAUAAUUGUGCUACCGGGGGAGAUUUGUGGCCAAUAUACCAUGGCUAAGGGCUGUUCUUAGGUGCAAUGCAGAGUGCCUGGAUACAGCCCAUAGCCGUGGUAUAUUGCCAAUAUACCACAUAUACCUGAGGUACCUUAUUGCUAUUAUAAACUGAGUACCAAUGUAAUUAGACCAGUAAAAAUACAUGUUUUGUCAUACCUGUGGUAUACAGUCUGAUAUACCAUGGCUUUCAGCAUUCAUGGCACAAACCACCCAGUUUAUAAUUUAUUAUAUAAUCAGGUUUGAGACAUGGUAAAUCCAUUGCUAUCAAGUAACUUGG